GUACUGACUCUACUCAAAUCAAUUCAGCCGUCUUCCAUGGUUUCUUCGUUACUUGCUCUUUUCCAUCGUUGUUAUUUUUUGGGUUUUCUCGAUCGAUCCCUUCUCUUUGAAUUGGUGAUACCCUCAUGAUUCUUUCUUCCAAUAUGUUCGGAAUUGGGGUCCGAUUCGUCCCAACGGAUGCAGAGCUUAUCUACCAUCUCCGCAACAAGAUCUCCAACCCAGAUUACUGUCAUCCGUCGAUCGUUGUGGCGGACGUAUACAAGCAAGCACCGUGGUGUCUGCCUUGGGAUCCGGCCAAGAACCGAUUCUUUCUUGCCAAUGAGCGGUAUUAUUUCGUUAAAAGAAUGGGCACGGGGAAGAGGGCAAAACGCACCCUGGAUCUUGGAGGAGAUGUAGAAGGUGCGACAUGGAAACCCAACCAAAAAGCAACGCCGAUACUAGAUGAGGGAACCGGUGCUACGAUCGGUUAUGUAACGUCUCUGACUUUGAUCUUCAAGAACAAAGGGAAGGGCGAUUGGAUAAUGCAUGAGUACAUGAUUGACAAUGAAAAGAGUGUUCCGGAGUACUGGAUUCUGUGUCGGGUAAAGUAUACCGGAAAAGGCUCAUUAUUCAUGGCUUCUACUUCGACUUCCACUGCAACUGAUGCUCUGCCUCAGACGCCGGAAUCCAUCGUGAUAAGCGAAGGUCCUGAUUCGCUACCGCCGUUUAAGAGACGGAGGAAUGUUGAAUUGGUUCAAGAACCACCAAAUCCGGUGCAAGAAACGCGGGGUUUGGAGGAUAUCGAGGGUUAUACCGGUGAAGGGUCAUUAUUCAUGGCUUCUACUUCGACAUCGACUGUACCUGAUUCUCUGCCUCAGACGCCGCAAUCCGUCGUGGUAAGCGAAGGUCCUGAUUUGCUACCCCCGUUAAAGAGACAGAGGACAGUCGAAUUGGUUCAAGACCCAACAACUCUGGUACAAUUAGAAACAGGGGGUUUGAAGGAUAUGGAGGGUUCGUUUGUUGAGGGAGAAGGUGCAGAUGAUACUGAACUCUGUGUCGACGAACUAGAAAGGAUGUUAAAGCAAUCAGAUCAAGAGGAAGAUGGUUUGGCGGUGGAGAGUCUGGUAGAUCAACUGGAACAGCCUUUAGAGGUGUCAGGAGAAGGAGAUCAUCAGGGUCUGGUUGAAGAAAACAUGUGGGAAAACCUCAACUUGGUGGAUGAUCAGCAGGGUCUGGUUGAAGAAAACUUCUGGGACAACCUCAACUUGGUGGAUGAUCAAGCUUUUAGUGAUGAAGAUUAGUUCGUGUCACUGAGCUAUUCUGAACUUAAUGAUCAAUGUGUUUAAACCAGGUAUUGGUGGUGGAGGGCUGAAUUUAGAAUGUAAUUGAAGUUCAGUUGAGAAGACAUUAAUUGAUAGAACCUGAAUUUGGGAAGUACAUAUAUGUGAUUCAUUCAAGUGUUCACUGAAAGCAUUGCCAGAAUUAGGAAUGUAAUUGAAAGUUUCUAUCAUAGCUAGGCUAGCUAGAGAUAAAACCCCUUUAUAGGU